AUGUCCGGAAACCCUACGAGUCUAGAAACAGAUGAACGGGCAGCAUACCUGCUAGACGCCCAGAACAAGGCCAUCCAACUCUUUGACGAGAUCGAGCGGGAUCUCCUACGCUCCGGCGUCGGUGAAAAGCAACUAAGCAACGAGAUCUACGAGCUGGCCCAACGACACGGAGUGCGAACCCACUGGCACAAACGGGUCAUUCGCAGUGGCCCCAACACCUUGAAACCUUUUGCUGAGAAUCCCCCGGAUCGCAUCAUCCAGCCCGAUGACAUCCUGUAUGUCGAUCUAGGACCCGUCUUCGAAGCCUGGGAAGCGGACUUCGGGCGCACCUUUGUCCUUGGAGACGACCCGCAUAAGAAACAGCUGCGCGAUUCGCUCGAGCCCGUGUGGAAUAAGGUCAAGUCGCGCUAUCUGGAGAACACGGAUAUGACCGGCGAAGAGUUAUAUGAGAUUGCGUGUGAUGAGGCGAAGCAGUCGGGGUGGGAUUUCGGUGCUGAUAUCGCUGGGCAUAUUGUUGGGUCUUUCCCCCACGAACGCAUCCCGAAGGAUAGGGUUACUCUUUAUAUUGCUCGCGGGAAUAAUCGGCCGAUGACUUCUCCCGGAAAGGAUGGGAAGAGGCAUCAUUGGAUUUUGGAGAUUCAUCUUCAUGAUCGCGCUCGUGGACAUGGUGCUUUCAUGGAGCAGCUUUUGACUGUUGGGUGA